GCGCUCACAAUUGAGCUCGUUCUUCGUUCCUCACGCGUGUGCCCCUAACAAUAUUAUCUUAACUUUAAUAUCGUUCACUGUCAUUAUAAAAUUAAACAUAACUCUCGUAACAGUGCAUCGUAAACAGUGCUAUUAGUGGAGCGGAGUUUAAAACUUUAAAAUAUGCGGUUUUAUCGACAAUGUGCGACCAUCAUUAGAUAGCACCAGGCAUUUGUCAAGUGCUGUAUUUUGUUUGAAUUCGUUAUCGACUACUUCAAAGAUAAAUUAUUAAAAAACAAAAUUAAAAGGCUCCAGCACAGUGAAGAUGUGUUUGAAGUUAUUUUUAAUAGUGUUACUAUGUAAUAAAAUUAAUGGUUUACAAGUAUUGGAUAACAUUGAAUGGACUGUCCGCAAUGCCAAUGGAUCAAUAUCAAUACCGGCUAAAGUGCCCGGUGGCAUCUACUCCGACCUUGAAACCGCCGGAGUAAUAGGAGACAUCCUGUAUCGGUUCAACGACGUGCUUACGAGAUGGGUGGCCUACGACACUUGGACUUAUCAGGGGAGUUUUACUGUUGGCGACGAAUUGAACCAUGAGGUGGCAAACUUGGUGCUGCAUGGGGUUGACACGGUGGCGUAUGUGGAGGUGAACGACAGUCCGGUGGGGAGCACUGAUAACAUGUUCGUCAGAUACGUGUUUGAUGUUAAGCCACAUCUCAAGAAAGGCGCAAACACGAUAAAAGUGGUGUUCGCUUCGCCAAUCGAAGUGGCCAACCUGAGAUCAGAGAAGUACUUCACGGCUCCUAACUGCGUGCCCAAGGAUUACAAUGGGGAGUGCCACGCCAACCAGCUGCGGAAGAUGCAGGCUUCCUUCGCGUGGGACUGGGGGCCUGCCUUCCCAUCUGUCGGAUUUUGGAAACCAGUCGCAAUAGAAUUCUACGACCGAGCAAUAAUAAGGUCGGUGACGACUCAUACGCAGAAGGCGGGUCAGUUCUGGUACCUGACAAUCAAGGCGUAUUUAGAGGCUAACCCGAUGAAUGACAGGUGGACAGGACUUAUUCGGGCCGACCUCGCAGUGGAAGGUCCACAGAAUAUCAGCUUAACUAAGUCAGUGGAUGCGAUUAUUAAAAACGAUGGAAGUACUGAAGCUGAACUGAAUUUGACUAUUAGUGAGAAUGUAGUGGAAAUUUGGUGGCCUAACGGUUACGGGAAACAACCCCUGUAUGAUUUGAGAAUAUCGAUUAGUAACGAGCAUGGGGAAGAACAUUUCAAGAAGAUACAGGUCGGGUUCCGUACCAUAGAACUCGUAGAAGAGGACGCGGCUAAGAAAUUCGGCAACUCAUCAGCAGGCAAAGGCCUUACAUUUUACUUUAAAGUGAACGGCUAUCCGAUAUUUAUGAAGGGAUCCAACUGGAUACCUGGCCAUAUACUGCCAGAGAAGGGCUACGAUCGAGAAAUCGUGGACGGCGUGCUUGACGCUGCGGUGGACGCUCACAUGGGCAUGCUGCGUGUGUGGGGUGGCGGCGUAUACGAGUCCGACUACUUCUACCAGCGCUGCGACCAGCUCGGACUGCUCAUCUGGCAGGACUUCCUCUUCGCCUGCUCCAUGUAUCCUGUUGACUCGGAGUUCCUUGAUUCUGUAGGGACAGAAAUUGAGCAGAACGUGAAGCGUCUACAACACCACCCGUCUAUCGCAGUGUGGGCCGGCAACAAUGAGAACGAAGCAGCGUUACGCGGCAACUGGUACAGCACACAGACAGAAUUCAAAAGAUACAAGAAAGAAUACAUCAAACUAUACGUUGACACCAUCAAACUCAUCGUGCAGGAGCUAGACCCCGCUAGAAGAUAUCUAGUGUCGAGCCCUACAAAUGGUUUGCAAUCCGAAGCCGAAGGGUACAUCGCAGAGAACCCAUACGACCCACAUUUUGGAGACACGCAUUAUUACAACUAUAUACAGGAUAAUUGGGAUAUGAACAUCUACCCUCGAACACGAUUCGCUUCAGAAUACGGCUUCCAAUCCCUGCCCAGUCUACUCACAAUGGAAUCCGCUACGAAAGAAAAAGCUGAUUUUAGUUUAGAAAGCGACUAUUCUAAGCACAGACAACACAGUCCUUUUGGGUAUGAUUUCAUUUGGAUGCAGAUGAAAAUGCAUUUGAAGUUGGAGAAAAACAAUGCCACUGACUCUGAACAAGAUGAAUAUGAUUACUUUAAGAAGUUCGUUUUUUACAGUCAGAUAAAUCAAGCUAUGGCUAUUAAAGCGGAGACGGAAUUCUACAGGCAGAGCCAAGAGGAUUGGUACACCAUGGGUGCCUUGUAUUGGCAGAUAAACGAUGUGUGGCAAGCUCCGUCAUGGUCCAGCAUGGAUUAUCAACGCAGAUGGAAAGUACUACACUACUUCGCAGUAAACUUCUUCGCACCUGUGUUGGUGUCUCCCUGCCUACUCCCGUCAGGAGACAUCGACGUGUACCUUAUUAAUGACAGAUUCGUUCCAAUAGACAACGGACUGAUCAAAGUCGACUUUUAUAACUGGACCAGUCUUACCCCAAUCAGUAGUAAAACAUUCAACGCUUCAGUGGGUCCUCUAAGCGCUAAGAAGCAGGAUAUAAAACUGUCUGUCUGGGACAUCAAUAAAGAAGAGAUUUUCCUGAAGUUCUCAUUUAAAGCUGAAGGCGUCGAGUCUUCUCCUUACAAUUUUGUGUUCCCGAAGCCUUUGAAAUCGAUCAAGGGGUUGAAGAAACCUAACAUAAAGAUAUCCGUCUCCAGAGUAUCCAGCGCGGUAGGCAAUUACGUGUACAACGUGGACAUACAAGUGGACACUAUUGUGCUCUUCCUAUGGCUGGAGACUCCUCCUAUACUCCACAGCUACUUCCAAGAGAACGGUCUCAUCAUCACCACGCCAUACUACAGGACGACUUACUCGUCCACCGUCGACGUGUCAGUCAAAGAACUGAAUGAGAUGAUCACUUAUCAAUAUUAUUAUGAAGACUAGUGAUAGGUUUUAAGUGAAAUGUACUGUUGAAUUAAUGUUAGAUAUGUCUAUUGCUAAAGAAUAAGUCAUGGCCUAAAGUUAAGUUCAAGAGCGUUCCUGGGGCGGGAAUUCUAAGUUCUUAAUGUUAGAGUUUAAAGAAUUCUGCGGUGCGGUUUAAUACGAAGCCUCGUUUCCCGCCUCAGAAUGCGUUUGGGUAGCGUCAGGGCGUCUGCGGCCCGGUGAGGACGCGCGAAGAGGUAACAACAGUACACUUGGAGUUCUUAGGCAUAUUUUAGCACGCAGCGGUUGCCAACGAUGUCGCUGAGUAGAUUACAAUAGUAUCGCGGUAGGUAUACGAAAUUUUGUAUCGAGUGAUUUAUCUGUUGCGUAGUAACUAUUAAAUAGUCUGUGGUACUACGUCAGGAAAUAAAUAAAACAGUACAUAAAAGCAAAUAA